AUGAUAAAUAAAAGUAAUGGUACAUCUGAUACAGAAAUGCAUGAAUUUGUAACAACUACAAAUAAUGAAGAAAAUUGUACUAGAACUCAACGUACUGAAUCAACUAGUUCAAAUGAUAGUCUUCCUAAUAAAUUCAAAAUACGACAAUUAUUAUUAAAUGCAACUAUUCCAAUAAUUCAAUGUCGACAUAUUAUACCAAUCCGUCGUCAAUUGUCUCAUUUGAACAAAAAACUAAAAUUAAAUCCUAAUACUACUAAUAAUCAAGAUAAAAAUAAAGGAUAUCUUAUGGUUGAAAAAUUCAAUUCAGAUUUUAUUGUAUUACCAAAUGAUAGUAUUGAUCAAGAUGUAAUACAAAAUACUCGAUCAUCUAUACAAAUAAAUGAAACUAUACUCGAUUGUAAUUCAAUUGGAUAUCCAUCAACAAUAUCAAAUACAAAUAAUCUUUUAGAAACACAACACAUAUUAUUUGAUUCAUGUAUAACACCUAUUCAUAAUCGUUUAAAUGAUACAUUCAAAGAUCUAUCAAUACAAUCAAAUGUUAACAUUCAUGUACCUAUAGAUAAUCUUUUAAAUAUUCAUGAUAUACAAAGAUCAGAUACAAUAUCAACACAAUCAUCAUUGAUUUCAAAUGAUUCAAAUCAUGAAUAUACGGGGAUUAAUCGAUUACUUCUUAGUGAUUCUGAAUAUAGUAAUGUAUCUCCGAUAUGUGAAAAAAAACGAAGUUAA